UUGAUAUCUGACAUGUCGGUAAUAUUUACUUCGAUCAUGAGAUACUCAAGAAUAGUUAGUGAAGAUGCAUUCAAGUCAUACAUUUAACCAAAGAAUGAAGGAUGGAUGAUAACUCAAUACAGAUAACUCGAGACAGGGGAAGCUUACUCCAUCAGGGAUCCUUGCCCUCUUCUUUCUUUGUAUCAUUCAAAGGAUCUAUGAGAUAUAUCUCUGUUUAUUAUUUUCACAUAUGUUACCAUUCAACAUGUUCAAAUCAUGAACACACAAGGAUUCAGCACCCAGUGUAAAGUACGACAGUGUUUUCAAUGUCAGGGGGAGACAGAAUUCUACUGUAACACGUGUAAAUAUGAUCUGUGUCUACAGUGUAAAAACAGACAUGUUAUUGAUCUAGAUACCAUAAAUCAUGAUGUUAUAGUUUACAGAGAAAAAUAUGAAUACAUUUCAAAACAAGAGACGUGUUUGAGACACACAGACAGAAUCUAUGAAAAGUACUGUUACUCUUGUAAACUUCCUUUAUGUGCCCAAUGUACAGAACACAGAAAUCACAAAAUCCUGGACAUCAGAACAGCAUAUAAAACAAACCGACAAGAACACAGAGAAAUCCUCCACAGGAUCAGAAGUGAGACUCUUUAUAAUAACCAUUUUCUCCUGGCAAAGGUCAAAACUGAUGUUAAGACUUGUCACACAGAAACAUCAAACUAUCAACCAAAGAUGUCAACAAAAGCCCAGCGACUGAAGAACCUCAUUGAUACUGUGGUAUGUGAUGUUAAAAUCAAAUUCAAAAGUUUCAUGAUUCAUAGAUUACAAGAAAAGAACAGACACCUUGCUAACAUAGAAAACUAUGAAAACAGCUAUGAACAGUCAGCAAACAGACCAGUUAAAUUUCUCUUAUUCCUUAAAAAGACCAAUGUCCCCAAGAUACUGGGCACUCCUCAUCUUAUGCAAAAUGCUCUUCUCUCCCUGGCUGAUGAAAUAAACAUUGAGGAUGUAAUUAAGUUAAUGAGUGAAAUCCAAAUUAUAGAGUCAGGAAAAAGACAAGUAAGAAAUGAAUACCUGCUGAAGCUGAUGUCUACACCCGUGUUACACAGAUCUGUUAAAGUGAAAAUUUCUGUUCAUGUAAUGCAUAUAUCAUGUGUUAAUUCAGAUCAAAUCUGGAUCAGUGAUAAGCACAACUACAUUACUAGUUUUAUUUUGAUGAACACAGCAGGGGACAUACUGCAUCAUCUUACAGAUACUAGUAUAAUUGACUAUAAAUGGACUAAUAUAUAUGGAGCACACACAGUGAACAGUAAGGGUGAAUUGAUUUAUAUAGACUGGAGUGAUAACAUUUACAAACUUUCUACAGAUAACAGAACACAGUCUACAUUGGUAAAAGGAAUGGAUCCGUGGGAACCUAGGUGUGUCUAUUGCUCCACCUUCAAUGGAGAUCUACUGGUCGGGAUGUUUAGUUUUGAUGAAAAGGCAGGCAAGGUAAACCGAUACAUUAGCACAGGGCAACACAUACAGACAAUACAACACGACAACAAGGGUCAGCAACUGUACAGUAAUCCUAGAUACAUUGUAGAGAACCGCAAUGGAGAUGUUAUUGUGUCUGACAUUACCCAGGUAGUGGUGACAGAUCAUGGAGGAAGACAUAGGUUCUCCUACACAGGACCACCAUCAGGAUCACAACUUUUACCAUAUGGAAUCUGUACAGAUGGCUUGUCACACAUCCUGGUGUGUGAUACCAGCACCCGCACAGUACAGAUGAUUGACAAAGAUGGUCACUUUCUGUCACAGAUACACACACACCAGCAAGGAAUAAACACACCACACAGCCUUAGUUAUGACAACAAAGCUCACCUCCUCUGGGUUGGAUCAUGGGACGACAACACAGUGUGUGUAUAUAGAUACAUACAAAGAAAAAGCUGUGAGACAGGUGAUGAAGUAGCUGACUAGUCCCUUUGAAUCCAAUCCGAGGAAAAUUUUGUGAAAUUAUGAAAUACUUUUGCAGAGUUUGUCCAUGUCGCAACCCUCCCAUGAACACUGAAAAAAUUUAAAAAAAACACAUUACUACUUCUGAUCUUUGUCUUUUAAAUUUCAUACCCUGACUUGACCAGUUUUAUAGCAAUGUCAAAAUAGAUAAGAAUAUGAUCGAAUUUUGAUGUAUUUGAAUACAAACAACAGUGUUUAAAUGAAACUAAAACUCUUAAGCUUAACAAAGGAAAAGGUCAGAUAAGGGUCAUUUUGGCCCCUACUUUCAGAUGUCUCAUUGAG